CAAACCCGCGCGAGCUCGCGUACAACCCACCCAAGCAAGCAACACAGGCGCACGGUCGCACGCGCGCACCCACCUGCUCAGCCUUGAGGUUGGGGACGAGGACGAGGCGCGCUCGAUCGCGGCAGCUGCAGCUCGGCUACUGGGAUCGAUCGGCAUCGUCGGCUGAUGGCUUCCUCGUCGAGGCGGCUGCUCGCGGUGAUCUUCGCCAUGCUCGCGGUCAUCUUCCUCGCGGGCGCGGGCGUCGCCGGCGCCGCGAGGCCGGCGCCGACGAGUGGCGGCGGGAUGCGCGGCGGGGACGAGGCCGCGGCGUACUUGGUGGUGGACCCGGCGGCGGCGGUGGUGGAGAAGGCGAGGGAGACGGUGGAGAUGCUCAUGGCGAGGCUGCCGGCGGGGCCCAGCCCCAGGGGCCCGGGUCACUAGGGAGGGAUCUUCGGAUCGGAUCCGUUUGCAGGCCUUGGGCUGAUUACGAUUACUACGAGCAUGCAUGCAUGCAUACAUACAUACAUACAUACAUACAUAGGUUGAUGAUGCCAUAGGAAACUGUAUAUACUCUGCCGAGGCAUGUAGUUGCAUUGGUGUCUUGGUUACAAGAUUCUUUGAUAUUUUUUUUUGUUUUUAAAUUCUUGGUUACUAGCAUAGGCUGUGCACAAAACUUCUAUUUCUAUAUUCCACAAUAUUUCUCAAUGAGAUUAUAUAAAUUAAAUUUAAAGGAGGAAUUCUUGCAA